GUUCUUAAUAUAGUUGCAGAAUGAGAGAACUUCUUUAAACGACCUGGCUGAGCUGUUGAAAAAGGGCAACCAAACCUUAAAGAUGUGAAAAAGCCUGGAGAGCUAAUUUAUAAACAGAUGGAAGAGAACCUUGCAAUAGCUGUAAACACAUUAGAGGCUAAGAUUCAGGGAGGAGAAGUACGCCUUGAAAGCAAGACCAAGGCUGGUGAGUUACGCCUUGAAAGCAAUACCAAGGAAGGCGAAGUGCCCAUUGAAAGCAAGACCAUGGAAGGAGAGUUACGCCUUGAAAGCAAUAUACAGGCAGUGAACAAAAUUGAACAAGAAGAAUAUGAACGAGGCGUAGCAGAGAUGCUUUGAGCUUUGACGAAGGAUUACAGGAAACGUUUCUGCCACGUAAAUACCUUCCCAUUGGAUGACUGGGCUGAGGAAAAGUUACUUGAUAUUUAUAUGCCACCGAAUAUAAAACUCAUGAAUAAGGAAAGAGGGUUUUUCAAGAAAACUGAUGAACAAAUUUCUACAUACCAACAUUUGUUUUUAUCGGAUACCAAACCUAAUCAACAUAUAUUUAUUCAAGGGGAAGCAGGCUUUGGGAAAUCUACUUUUCUUUCAAAAUUGGUCAUGGACUGGUGUAAAAUUGCAUCAGAACAAUCAUUCGUGACGAUGCUGCCAAUGGAUGACAAGACCACAAGUUUCAACUCUAAUACACAGAUGAGAGACUCUAAUGUAUUUGACGAUUUAACGUCUCUGAAAGACUUUAAAUUUGUCUUCCAUGUACAAUUAAGGGAAUCUGUUGAUCAGUUUGAUAUCGGAAAAAUUAUAAAUGAGCAGAUAGUUGACUGUAUAUACUCACAUAAAAAAGACCGCAAAAAGGCAUACAUACUAUUGAAUGAGAUCAUGAAACGUGAACGUUGCUUGGUAUUACUGGAUGGUCUAGAUGAAUGGAUCGGUACGGGUGAUCAUCACAACCUGCCAAUACUGCUUGAAGUACACAGUCAUUGCGUUUUGUUGAUAACUACUCGACCUUGGAAGAUUACAGAAGCAAAAAUACUUGAUUCGCAGAUUGACAAACUGCUGCAACUUGAUGGAGUGAACAACGUGUAUGAAGUGAGCAGAACAAUCCUGGGGUGUAGGAAAGAUUGUAAGGAUGGACAAGAUUUAGACAAAAAACAAUCUGAAUUUGAAUCUUAUGUACAGAAAUUUGGCUUGUUAGAGCAUUUGUACUCCCCGAUGAUGAUGUGUUUGAUUGUACAAAUGUGGGCAGAAGGAACUGAACUGAAGGGCUCUAAGUGUGAAAUGUACAGCAUCUUGCUUGAAAGUCUUUUCAAGAAGGCGAAGAGCACAAAUAAAAAAUGUCCAGUGCCACCUUUUCGUUGCUUCACAGGGACCGAAUACAUACAACCCAAUAUUGAACACUUGAAUAGACUUGCUGAAGCAGCAUUUUAUUUGUUGUUUGCAGAUAGACAGGAAAAAGCUCUGGUAUUCACCAAUGCGGAUCUAGAGACAUUCAAUUUAGGUCAACUAGAUCCAGACAACUUUGCACUGAAGUCCGGUAUUUUAUCAGCGACACACAAGGCACCUGCAUUAAGACCAUCUUCAUCGUUUUCAUUUAUUCAUAAGAGCAUUCAGGAAUUCCUGGCUGCUUAUCAUAUUGCAUGCAAUACCAAUCUGAUUGAUGAAGUCAUUUCCGGAUACCUCACAUGCCACAAGGGUGCAUAUCUGGGCAUAUCCCAGGUGUUCAUCUUUCUCUGCGGACUGAACAUGUCGGCUGCAAAUAAGCUUUCUGGCAUGAUGGAUGAACACGAUGUUGGUUGUUUGCAACCAAUGAUUCAAUCUGGGCUUCAACACGUCAUACUAGCAGGAUACAGAGAAGCUGUUGCCAAUCAGCAAAAGGAUAUUGUACUCAAACUCAGUGGGUACUAUUUAGACUUUGAUUACGACAUACGAGACCUGCACAGCAUAUGGACAAAUAACGGGUCCAAUGUCUUGGCCUUGAAGAUAACUGUUCCUGACAGUCAAAGUUCACCUACAAUAGGCGAGUCUUCAUCUCAUAUUGAGUUUGACCUGUCAUCGUGCAUCAAGCUGAAAUCAUUAGAACUAAAUGGAAACGGCAUACUGCUUACUGUUGGUCGCAAUGAGCCUCCGGCCAAGAAGCCAAUGUUGGACCGCAGUAUAUCUAUGCUUCCACCAACACCAUCACCGGCCAUCAUGUCAGCUCCGACUUCCACACCAUCCUUUGUCCCACACCAGAUUCAACAUCGAGCACCACACCCUCCCCCACCGCCAUCGCACCCGGGGGGUACUGAGGGAAUGAGCAGCCCUCCCAGGGCUGGGAUGAGAAUGAGGCGUCCACCCCCAUCCCCGCAGCACAUGCAGGGACGACCUCCCUUUGGAAGGCCCCAUGGUCCAAUGCACGGUGGGCCACAGCAUCGAGGUCCUGGACCAGGCUUUCAUUCAGAAACGCUUUUUAAAAGGUCUCCGAGUUUAUUUGAAAAAUGUCUUCAAGAUCAGAAAGGAGCUGCUACCAACAAAGGAACUUGUUGUACAAGUACGUCAACGGCAGAACAUCUGGUCCGAAUUGUUCUAAAAAGUGCAGAUCCUCCUCCAGUACUGCCCUCUGUGGAAAACAUUACAUUGUACAAGGUCACAUGUUCCUCUACCUGUCUACGCAGUCUGUUUGGCACGCUGCUGACUCUCGAUCACGCGGUGACGUGUGACCUGCGGAUGAUCUCUAUCAAAUGUGAAGAGACAGCAGAAAGAGACAUAUGUGCGUUUAUACAUACAGAUUUAAACAAUUCCUUCACCAUAAAAACCGAUAAAGACUAUCCCUAUCUGUUUAAUGCUCUGCAUGGUCUGAAUAUCAAGAGUCUGAGUCUGAGUGCUAAGUGGAGACUUUUUCUCGUGGAUCAUGAAAAGUCGCUGUCGCAGUCACUAUCAUCGCUCAAACAGCUGGAAAAGCUUAGUAUUACAGUGGGAAUUGACAGUCCCGGUCUGUGGAAGGCUGUGUAUGGUCUGAAUAUCAAGAGUCUGAGUCUGAUUGGUAUGUGGGAAGGUUUUUUCGUAGAUGAUGAAGAAUCGCUGAAGCAGUCACUAUCAUCGCUCACACAGCUAGAAACGCUUAGUAUUGAACUCAGUUUUUACAGUUUCGCACUGUGGGAGGCUCUGCAUGGUCUGAAUAUCAAGAGUCUGAGUAUUGAUUAUAGAGAUUUGACAGCGUCUAAUGUAAAGUCGCAGUCGCAGUCACUAGCAUCACUCACACAACUGGAAACACUUAGUGUUAAGGUAUUGCAUGGCAGUACUGGUCUGUGGAAGGCUCUGCAUGGUUUGAAUAUCAAGAGUCUGAGUGUUGAGCAGGACGAUUUGAACGUGGAUUAUGUAGAGUUGUCGCAGUCACUAGCAUCACUCACACAACUCGAAACACUUACACUAUAUGUGAAGACAUAUAAACAGCUAGAGCUACCUCAAUCAUUGAAGUAUUUAAAUUUAUUUUGUAAUGCUUUGCUUCCUUCCAAAGCUCUUGAACUGGUGGACACACUGCCUACAUGUACUCAGAAAGUUGGAAGUAAUCUGAAAUUGCGUUGUUCUUUAGAGUUUUUAAUUGUCAAAAACAUCCCAAUUGAGGAAUACACUGCCAUCCAACAGGAACUGCAGACACGGAAGGAUGUUACUGUAGAGAGAUUCGAAAUAUCAGACGGGAAACUUGAAACCAAGUUUUUAAUACAUUGCCAAUAAUUUUACGUUUUGUCUUAAUUAGCAAUAACUGAAAUUGUGCUUAGCAGUUAUAAAUAUCACUUAUGUGUAUCAACUAUGUAUGAGUACUUAUGAAUUGUAUAUAGUGUAUAGUUGAAUAUUCAUCCGGUUA